ACUGGAUGGGAGUUUUACUGGUACAAAAAUAAUCAGCUGUUACAGAAUCUGAACAGUGAACAAGUGAACACACUUAAUGUGACAGUCGAUAAUGCAGGAGAAACAGAGUACCGGUGUUGGGCACACAGGAUAAACAACAGCAUCUAUUACAUGACACAAUUCAGUGAUCCUGUCAAGAUAACAGUGAGAGUGAGACCUAAACCAGUGGCAUCCAUGAAUCCCGAUAAUCAGGUGUUCAGUGGAGACACCGUCACUCUGAGAUGUGACAUACAGGAUGAAAGUGUCUCUAGCUGGCAGUACAGCUGGUAUAAAGAUACUUCACACAGUCCUGUCAGUAGUGAACAGGUGUACAGUAUCAGUGGUGUUGAAGUGACCCACACAGGUACAUACACCUGUAGAGGAACAGAGAGAGGAGGCUCACGCUCCUCACACUCCAGUGAUGUUAUUACACUGACUGUAUCAGAGAGACCACAGGCAGUACUGAGUGUAUCUCCACACAGCUGGCUGACUGAAGGAGACUCAGUGACUCUAAGCUGUGAGGUUACAGACUCCUCUACAGACUGGACAUUCAGCUGGUACACAGUUGUUCCCUACAGAGACGGAUUAACUGGAAUAAAUAAUAAUCGUGGCUAUAUUGUGUAUGUGGAGCUCCUCUCAGACAGCAGCAGAGGAUCUGGAGGCAAAUACACUCUCAGUCCUGCUGCUCUUAAACACACAGGAGUUUAUAUGUGCAGAGGAGAGAGAGGAGAACCAGCCUUUUACACACAGUACAGCAAUCUACAGCCACUAUGGAUCACUGGUGAAUCUCCUCCAGUCUCUCUGAUCAUCAAUCCCAGCAGAACUCAACACUUUACUAAUGACUCUCUCUCACUGAGCUGUGAGGACCAGAGUAAGUCUACUGGAUGGACAGUGAGACGAUACACACACAGUGAGAGAGUGUUAGAUUGUUCACACUGGGGAUCAGUUACAGGAUCUACAUGUAACAUCAGCUUCCUCUCCACAUCCUACACUGGAGUUUACUGGUGUGAGUCUGAAUCUGGAGAAAACAGUAAUCCUGUCAACAUCACAGUGCAUGAUGGUGAUGUGAUCCUGGAGAGUCCUGUCCAUCCUGUGACUGAGGGACAUCCUCUGACUCUACGCUGUUUAUAUCACAACCCAAAUCCCUCAAACCUCCGAGCUGAUUUCUAUAAAGAUGGAUCAGUUCUCCAGAACCAGACUACAGGAGAGAUGAUCAUCCAAACUGUCUCAAAGUCAGAUGAAGGUUUCUACCACUGUGAACACCCAGAGAGAGGAGAGUCACUGAAAAGCUGGGUCUCAGUCAGACGUCCUAUAUCCAAUGAUGGAACAUUAGGACUGGUUGUGGGUUUGGGAUUUUUGUUCAUCGCUUUUCUGAUCUUAAUGAUGCUGCUGUGGUCCUACAAAAGAAAAAAAGAAAAGCAGAAAACCAAUCAGACAUCAGAACAGAAUCAGAACCAGUCAGGAGCUGAAGACUCUCAGUCAGGACACACACCACUUCAGGCUGGGAGUGCUAAUAUUUAUGACACUGUGGAUGAGUCAGCCAUGAGAGGAACAGGUGAAGCUGCAGCUGAGAUCAACAAAGCCAUUUACACACAGGUCAAGAGGAAAAAGAAAUCAAACAGGAACAAUGGUGCUGAAAAUGAUGUGACUUAUGCUGAGAUUGAACUGAAACCAAUGCUAAAAACAAAGAGAAUAAAAGAGACGGCCAAUGUGGGUGAUGAGACUGUAUACUCAGAGGUGCAGAAGCACGUGAAGUGAGCCGUGUGUCUAUGUACACUGAUGAAGCCAGUGUCAUCAAAUAGAUUGUGAUUGCCUUCUGUUUUUGUUCCUUAAAAUAUUCAGCUGUUACUCUUUUAUAUUGAUAUUUUAUUGGAUGAUGCCAAACCUGGCAGCUACUCUGAAAAUUUGUUUAAACAAUAACUAAUUUGUGUCACAACAUCAUGCUGUCCCUUUAGAUGUCUCACAAAAGUUCAGUCAUUGGAUCAAGUCUUAACCCUGCAGCUCCACCUAUAGGCAUUCUUGUCCUUAACAGAAUGACAUCCCAGGAAAGUGUAACUUAAGUUUUACUGACCAAAUUCUUUAAUGCAGUGCUCAUUAUCUUCUGAAGCCCAAACCCAGGAAACCAGAUAAGACUUGCUGGAGCAAUUAAUUUGCCAUAUUUUCUGACAUGUUGUAUGGCUACUUGUACAUUAUCUGUACAGCUCUGAGCUGGUCUUGGAAAGGGGCAGCCUGCCUACAGCUGGGGACCAUUUUGUCCAUAAUGGUGGAAUUGGUCUGCUCUUCAGUAGAGUAGCAUUAAAAUGUAAUUUAUGUCAGGAUUCUGUUGCACAGUUAUGCCAAAAUGUGGCUAAAUUAAACACAUUAGUUUGGUUUUAAGAAUUUGUUUGACUGUCAGUACUUUAUGUCAAAUAAACAAUGAACUGUAGUUUGGGUGUAAAAGAUUAUCACCCCUAGUGUGUAUAAUGAUGUACAGUAUAAAGUAUAUAGUGUAUAUUUGAUUUGGACAUUUCCUGCUGGGUAUAAACAUACAUUUUGUGUAUUGAAUUACUGAUGCCAUUUAUAU